UCAUUAUUUGUCUUAGCUUAUCAAUUACGAGGCUUUUCACUGGCUUACUUCUGUUUACGUUUUUUUGAGUGGGCAAAUUGGACGCGACAAAAUUUGUUUCGGAAUCAAGCGGAAUCGUGCUAGGAUUUUUAAGAAGUAUUCCCACUGCUGGAAAGGUUACACAAUAAACCCCAAUUAAACGCCGUCUAAUCCGCAACGCUCACUCUGAGGUGAUACAUUUCAAGAACGCUGCCGCUUAAGUUUACUUUAUGCACCGUUGCUUGUUUCUACUGGAACAUUCUGUACGAUAAUGAUGCCGACCUUAGUCGCAAAUAUUCGACGCCGGACCUCCUGGGGGGUCUUUACAGAGCUUUGUGCGGUCUAGACGCCUCUGUAGCGGACUAUAGGGAAUGCAUAACGCCGUAUCUAAUGAAGAAAACGCAAACGCAGAUUCAUCUUGCAUCUUCAGCAUCUAAACGAGUUCAUAGCACUGAGAAAACCGUAUAAUGCUUAAGGCGUAUAACGCUGCUAUCAAUCUACCUCCUUUACAAACACCACGGCCUCGAAGAGUUCAAAGUCAUAUCCCAACUUAUAUCCCAGCCUACACAAGCCCGCGAAUUAUCAUCAACGUUAGCGGUAUGCGUUUUGAGACGUACGAAGAGACCUUGGAAAAUUAUCCGGAAACGCUACUCGGCUCUCCGACGAGACGACGAGAAUACUAUAGCUCGUCGGAAGGCGAAUACGUCUUUGCGCGAGACAAACCGUCGUUCGACGCCAUUUUGUUUUUCUACCAAUCGCGCGGCAUUCUUGCCAAACCAGACACUGUCAGCGAGGAGACGUUUUUGGAAGAAAUCGAAUUUUACGGUUUAUCUAGCAAUUAUUAUUCAAUCCACUGUGAUGAUCUAUCGAGCACACACGAGGAUGUGGAGGAAAUUUUGCCACUCAGCCCACACAAGCGAAAACUUUGGUUAUGGUUUGAGUUCCCGCGAUCUUCCCAAACCGCGCGCGUGCUUGCGCUGUGGUCGAUUUUCGUCAUAAUUUUCUCCACUGUUGUGUUCUGCAUCGAAACUAUUCCACAGCUAGCGAUCGAGCCACGCAUCAUUUACCAAAACAUCAGCAAAGACGGAAAGUAUGUGCUUGAAGAGCACAAAGAGCCAACUGUGGAUUACUGGUUCGUAAUGGAAGGUAUUUUUGUGGCAUGGUUUACAAUUGAGUAUUUUGUACGCCUCUAUUCGGCGCCAGUUGUUUGGAAUUUCGUCAAGUCCACAAUGGGAGUACUAGACGUUCUCGCCAUCUUUCCAUUUUACGUAACGUUAGCGCUUCAACAGAGCACCGAUGAAGUUCGUUCGUUCGCCGUGUUGCGCGCCAUCAGACUGUUUCGCGUUUUACGUGUGUUCAAGCUUUCGCGGUACAGUGAUGCUAUCAAGCUAUUAGUUAGUACAUUAUGUUCCAGCUUUGAGCAACUCAAGACGUUAGGAUUUUGCUUCGCGGUGUCCGUGGUGAUAUUUUCCAGCGCUAUAUUCUACGCCGAAGGAGGUUCUAACAUACCGAGUAUUCCAGACGCCUUCUGGUGGACUGUGAUCACAAUGACCGGGGUGGGGUACGGGGACGUGACUCCCCUCACCCCUAUGGGGAAGUUUGUGGGUUCGUUCUGUGCCAUGAGUGGGAUAGUCUUCUUUUGUCUUCCUACACCGGUCUUGGUCUCGAAUUUUAUCAAGUUUUAUCUAAAUUACGGUAAUCUUAAUGAACGGAAGAAAGCUUUCGCUGAGAAUCUUAAACAGUUAUUUCUCAGGCCAAACAAAUAAUAUAAUA